UGUGUGUGUGUGUGUGACCGAGCCCACUUCUCAAGUUACAUCUCGGCGUGUUUUGGGCACGAUUAACUGUCUCAGUUGGUUCCCCAGACGUCUCUCGUUGACUCCACAGCGCUGCAGCUCAGUGCUCCACAGAACAAACCGUGUUUUCCUUUGUUUUCCUUCUGUGUAUUUAGACACGACUGCACACAGGUAAUCACCGCCGAGUCAGACUUGGUCUCUAGCACGGCUUUAUGGUUUUUAUAGUUUUGUUCCCGAGAUGAGACGAUAGUUCAGAUCCGUUUGGAAUAACAGAAAGCAUUUUAAAUAUGUUGUUCACUGAAUAGCAAAAAGAAAGUAAAAUGCUCCACCGGCUCUUUUACAUGUUUCCUACAGUUACUGAGUUUCCUCAAAUGAAAUAUUAACCCUAGUAGCAGGAAGAGCAUUUCUCAUCGUGGCCAACCCGACGUCUGCGUCCGUCACAUGAAGCACAAGAAUACUUUACUCUACCAGACAAAGGAUAUUUAUUUAUAUUAAGCUAGAUAUCGAGCUUCUCUCUGAAAGUCUCGGCACCUCAGUGGGUCUGCUACGAACACGCCAUGAUCUCCAUUAUUUAUUAUUAUUAUUAUUAUUAUUAUUUUACAACACACAAGUCAUGUGCUUUGAUUUGGGCAACACGGCAGAAUACACACAUUAUGUGUGUGUGGCUCGUGUGUUUGGGAGGGUUCCUCUGCUCAUACGUCAGAUCCUCUCUGGACCAGAUCCCCCCCCCUCCGUGUGUUGGUAUGGUCUAAUUCCCUGACUCUGUCCAAGGUCCCUGCAAAGACACACACACACACACACGCAUGCCGACACUUGUGGGAGUGUCCUCUGACUAGAGGCGUGUCGAGGCGGUGGGACGUUGCGAAACCCAAACUUGGUGUUGAGUCCGUUUGCUCCGCCUCGUCUCGCUGCUCUCCCGUUUCAGUCGUUACGCGUGAAGCAAAAGCCCCGACAAUGUAAACCUGUGCGUGUGUGAAGCGUCGGGCGUCUCUACGCCGGCUGCAGGAGAUGUGCACCCCGGCCAACACGCCGGCGACGCCCCCCAACUUCCCCGACGCGCUGACCAUGUUCUCCCGGCUGAAGGCGUCCGAGAGCUUCAACAGCGGCGGCGCCUCCAUGGCCACCUCCCCGCCGCCCCCCCAGGUGGGCUGCUGGGGGGUCUUGCCCAACGUACCCAACGUGCCGCAGCCCCCGCGGGGACUCUGGACUCACGGGCAGCCCCUGGCGCAGCCCUGCCCCGCGUGGCCCACGGGCGUCAGCCCCCACCACGCCGCCGGCACCGAGCAGAAGGCCAGCGUGGCGAUGGAGGCCGAGAGAUGAAGGGGGGGGGGGCACACGGGCACUGAAAAGACCCGGUCCACCCCGAGGAGGGGAGGGGGGGCGGCGGGGGGGCGGGUUGGGAGAUGAUGAUGAUAUAUAGAAAUAUGGGGUUUUGGACGAAUGGAGAUGGAAACUACGUCGACCAAGAAAACUCAACGUGGACGAAUUUCAGAAGUGUGCGUAUCUUUUUUUAUUUAUAUAUUAUAUAUCUAUAUAUAAUAUAUACUUAAAUAAGAUACGCACACGCAUAGUAAUAAGAGAGAGCCUGAAAUCUUUAUUCGCUUUUCCUAAGUAAAUGCAUAGAUAAGAAAAUAUUAUUGAACUAAAACAAACAAAAACACACAAAUUGUCACGCCCAAGGUUUCAAGGAUUCAAGGAUUUAAGGACAUUCAAGGCAGCAAGCUUACUUUUCUGUUUCAGUUUUUAGUUUUUUGUGUGCAUCUUUUCAGCCGGUGUUUUUUGCCGCUGGUGUUCUGUCGGUUCUGUCGGUUCUGCAUGAGGAGAGAGGAACUUGAAACGCAAUGUUGUGAGGUUGACUCACAAAUCAACACUGCACUCGUGUGUGUGUGUGUGUGCGUGUGCGUGCGUGCGUGAGCGGGUGAUCAGUUUGUAAUCAAAAAUGUCUACACAUUUUGGUCCACGCACACACACACACACACACCUUGGCGUUUCUAGAGCCUCCAUACUGUCAUUCCCAUUGUUAACGGCGGGACUUUUUUUCUUACCUCACCUGGUGGUCACCUGACUUCUUUCAGCCAAUCAGGGAUUCUUCUUAAACCAACGGUCGCUCCCACAGGACUCGUUUUUAACGGCUGUUAUUUCUUCUUGGCGGCAGCAGCCGCUCGCCGGUCCUCACAGCGCCGGCUUUUAAACACCUGGACUCGACUUUCCACUCUAUACCUUUUUUUCUUUUUUUUACUAUAUAUAUAUAUAGUUGGGUUAUCGCAAGAAAAAUUUUAAAUCGUGGUUUAUAUUAUAUUGUUUGUAAUGCUUAAUUGUUUUUGUUAAAGGUUAUGGUGGAGCUUUGAAACGGGGGAGGGGCGGGGACUUCAUGUUCUUGUGUUUCUUUGGGGGGGGAGUGAAUCCAACGCAGCUGAAACAGCUACACAUUUAAAAGAAGAAGAAGAAGUCUGAAAACAAAAAGUUGCCACUUUGCAUGAUGUGUUCAUAACAUGUAACUUCUAUUGUAGCAAACAUACAUGAGGUCAAGACAUGUCUAUUGGGGGGUUGGAGGGGGGGGGUCUCCUCAACGCUAAUAGAGAUGCAAACAGUCACUGUGUGUCAUGUAUGAAGAACGUGUGUGUGUGGGGGGGGGGGGGGGGGGGCAGCUGUGGGGACUUUCAGAGAUCUGAUCCCGUACUGCGGAGGAAGGUGACCCCGGUGUUUGGCAAUAUUUUAAAUAACAGUUCCGCCCUUUUAUUUUAUUUUUCAUUUGAUACGAGAAGAGAGCAACAAAAGAUGUUUUUAAAUAGCCGAGGGCCCGAAAUGGGAAUUUAUGGAUAUAAUUAAUCCUUAAUUAGCAACUUCCUUUUUUUAUUUUGUAUUAUUUAGACUAACCUAAUGUUUUGAGUUGGUCCCGUUCCCCGUGCUUCGUACUUUAUUUGGUUAAGCGAGUGUUCCCGGCUCCUCGUGGGUUCUCAUGUUCCCCACGCGUUCGACUGUAUGACACCAUUCCCACAAUAUUUGUGGACUACCUGAUAAUUAACUUAUCAUUUUUUGUGAACCUUAAUAAAUAUUGUAUGUCAACCUAA